UUUAUAAGUCUGGAGCCGGGGCGUUCUGCGGCGUUCUCCUCAUCGGCCAUGAUGCUGCGGACCGCUGUGCUCAGUUUGCUGCUGUGUUCCGCACACACCUUCACUCUGCAGGACACCUCCGAUGACAAGAACAGCGAGAACUCUGGUAACAGCAUUGAAGACGAUGAGUUCAGUGUGUCCACUCUGCUGGAGAAAGCCAAUGUCAACGUUGGAAAGAGUUUGGAGGAACCUCUGGUGAUGUUUGGAGACAUCGCCGUGUCCACAGGUCUACGGAACGCUGAUCCCUGCACCAGUCGCCCCAGGAACAGGAACUGCCUGUGGCCGAAGUCCAGCGACGGCAAUGUCUACGUUCCCUACCGCAUCUCCAACCAGUACUCCCAACGAGAAAGAGACACCAUCAUCCGGGGCCUGCGCUCCUUCGCUCGGUCCACCUGCAUCCGCUUCACGCCGCUCAACAGGCAGAGGGACUUCAUCGACAUCCAGUCUCAGUCUGGGUGCUUUUCCUUCGUGGGGCGCCGUGGCGGAGGUCAGGUGGUGUCGCUGAGCCGUCGGGGCUGCGUGUUCCAGCAGGUCAUCCAGCACGAGCUGCUGCACGCCCUGGGCUUCAACCACGAGCAGACCCGGUCCGAUCGGGACCAGCACGUCCGCAUCCUGCUGCAGAACGUCAUCCGCGGGAUGGAGCAUAACUUCCGGAAGAUUGCCACCAUCAACCUGGGAACGCCGUAUGACUACAACUCCGUCAUGCAUUAUGGAAAGUUCGCCUUCUCCAGAAACAGGCAGCCCACCAUCCUUCCCAUCCCCAAUGAGAACGUCGCCAUCGGCAGAGCCACCCAGAUGAGCCCCACUGACAUCCUGCGGGUCAACCGCCUGUACCGCUGCAAUUCCACGUCUGUAUUCACGCCUGAAGGGAAUUCCAGCAAAAACGAGAUCCUCUGAUGAUCCAGGUCCUGGUGGAACCGGCUGAAGCAGGAUGAAGCUGAAGUCCUGGAGGUCACCAGUACCGCCACCUGCUGCCUGCAGGCCUGAAUAACAUGCAAAGAAAAAUGACAAAAAUAAAAUAAAGAUGUUCA